AAAAAAUAAAACUAAAAUCAAAUUCUGUUGGAAAGUGUCUUCAUCCCCUAUUCUUUAUUUACGUAAACGUGUAAUAACGGCAUAUAGUUGUAGGCUAUUUAUGUAGAUGACGGAGCAAAAGCAUUUGAGGAAUGUACAUAAACUUAGAGGCAUUUAUCGGCCAGUUGUAGUUAUCUCGGAACAAGUCUACUACAAGCGACGUAAAAGUAUCAGUUUAAUUCUACAAACGUAUCUGCUUAUCACUUGGAGUGUGUGAAUUUCUCACACGUAUGUUAACACGAAUAUGUGUGUAGCGUGUGUGAAGUGUUAAUCCCACUCUGCAGUUGUGUGCCACUAUAUAACCCAGGCCCGCGCUGAUUGGAUGAGAGCGACCGGGCCGGAGUCACAUGGGUUAGUUCUUUGGUCCAGAGUGAAAAUGGGGUUUGGUGUAAAUCUGGGGUGUAUUGCUGUCAUAUAUCACUCUACCUCGUAAAAACGACACUGAGGAUUCUGGGCCAACAAAUCAGAGAGGAAAAAAUAUGAGUUCUUAUUAUGUGGAUGGUCUUCUUUGCAAAUCUACAGCGGUUAGUUCCCUGUUCCCGAGUGUGGAGCGAGCUGCUUGCAGUAUUGGACCCAGUGGAGACAACCACGGCUCGACUCGGACUGCGGCGGACAUCGUGUUUGCGCCAUCCCUCUCUGGAGUUUGCAGCGUCAAUAAUGCAGUUUACAGGAGUCACCCAGUGUUUAAUGCGGCCAGUGAGCGGGGACCGGGAGCACACGUGCACUGCGGCCCGUUUGACCAGAACCGUGUGUUCUGCGAGGGCGGGUAUCCUCCAGGACCGGGACCGCUCACUUCGCCGGCGGACAAGCGAUACCGGAUGUACCCCUGGAUGCGGGCAUCAGAUCCGAACCGAAAGCGUGGCCGGCAGACCUACUCCAGGUACCAGACCCUGGAGCUGGAGAAGGAGUUCCACUUCAACCGGUACCUGACCCGCAGGCGGAGGAUCGAGAUAGCCCACGCCCUCUGCCUCUCCGAGAGACAGAUCAAAAUCUGGUUUCAGAACCGCAGGAUGAAGUGGAAGAAGGACCACAAGGACGAGCCGAGUUCCGGGGAGAAGUGCGAUGAUAUUCAGGCCGAAUCUGACGCUGGAGACGCCGGAACCGCCGGCGUGGAGACACAAACCACUGGAAAAUAACAACAGAGGCGGACAAGAAAUUAGAUGAAAGAAACACACUGUACAGAAGGAUAAUAAGGGAUUUUAUUUUUUAACAUAACAUAACACGCGUGCAAUAAAAAAAGAUUUAAACACUAAUGAGGAAUUUCAGUGAUACACAUUUAAACGCAUAGACACUGUAUUUAAUAAUCCAAAAGCUUAUUAGAUAAUCUUUAUUAUAUAUUUUAUAUUUUGCAGCACAUGCAGUCGUGUACUCGACUGUACUCAAGUCAACAUUCCUUUAACAAAAACAAAAACUAACUAAAAAACUACCUAAUACUUAUAUUCUAAUAUUCAAACACUGACAUAAGAGGUUGAAAAAUGAAUCUUUAAAACACUGAAAAUUUGAAUAUUUUCUCCAGAUAUGGUUAUAUAUUUUAGAGUUAAUAAAUUCAGCGUUCAGUUGCGUUCAGCAAAGUUCAGUUUCUAAAUACCUUUGACGACUGUGAUUAUUUAGGUGUUUAGGUGUACUUAUCUUUGUGUUUAAUUAGAUUGUUUCACACACCUGCUGUCGAGUGUAUUUAACCUUUACUACAUGCGAUGAUUGACGGAAAUGUGCUCGGUUUUGGAUGCGCUCAUGUAACCUACCUCAAAUUCCUUGACAGAAAACAUGCUUUUUAUACCCUUAACGGGAACACAAAUAUAAAAGUGUCUCUUUGUACAUGCAAACACCUUCAAUUUUUGCCUCAUAUUUUCUUAAAUGUUUAUGAAUAGCGCGAGGCUAAUAAAUGCAUGCACUAUUUAUCAGGACACUGUAUUUCAGUGUCGGCUGUAGUUUUCGCUGCCAGAGCCUAGAUUAUUUUAAUCAAAAAUGUAAGAUUAUAUUGUGCUAUUUUUGAGUUGAUCAUAGCACAUUGGAGCAAUAUGUGAAUAACUGACCUAACUAUAAAGCAAUCGUAAACCCAUGGGUAUGGUUUCAAUCUGUAAAUGAGCGUGUAUAAUAAAAUGACUUUUGCCAUG